AUGGGCAAACCGCAGCGGCAGCAACGCCAGUCCAGGGCCAAAAGGGGGGCUGGAGGGAUUCGAAAAGGAGCCAGCAAGCGUGCAAAGCCGAUGCCAAAGGCAUUGAAAGACAAGCUUAGAGAUAUCUCUUACUCAAAGACGGCCCAUGGAUUUGUGCCUGAAGAUGUUCUUCUUGAUAACCAGCCCCUACCACCAGGAUACGUUUUUGUACCCAAGGGAAACAUCUAUAUCACCCGGAAAUGCCGGUCCCAGACACACGAUCUCGGCUCUCCCGUGUAUACAGUCUACUGUUCCACAACUUAUAAACAAACCGGCCUGUACGUCCCGGCCAGCGUGCAAGCAGCCGUCGAGCUGGAGUCCAAGGAGACAUCUGAAGACCGCAAAAAGGCCGUGGCUCAGAAGGACGCCCGGGAUCGACAGAAGGCACGGGAGCUGCUGCUUAAGGAGUUCCCUAACAUGCCCAAGUCAGAUCUCACAGCAGUUCUCAAUCACGCCUUUCUCAAGGGGUCAAGACGAGUCGGAAGAAGUGGCAAGAUUGCCAGUGAGAAAGACAAGGUCAGGCUGGCAGUUGAAGCCCAUAUCAGACACGUCCAUACCGAAUAUGAUGACAUGAUUCGCCGUGGUCUCACACGAGAACGAGCAAGAGAAAAUAUCUGGGAUGAAGUUGUCAUCCUACGAGACUCAUGGAGGAAAUGA